AUGAGCCAUUUGAUUGGAGAAAAAAUCGCUAAAUUUAAACUUCUUUACAAAGAAUAUGAACCCGUAGUUGAUGACUUACAAUCUGUUCUUGGUGACUUCCUUCCUGAACUUAAACAGAAGCUUAAUCUAGACUUUGUUCAAGUUGAACGUAUCAGACAAUAUAUUAAUGACAGAGGUACUAUUUUUCGUUUCCUUAGAAAGGCUAACUUCGAUUUUGAUGCUGCCUCGAGAGCUUUAAUGUCCAACCUUCGUUGGCGCGUCGAAAACCAGGUUGACAAUAUCUCUAUCCAGGACAUUAAUCAAGAUUUUAUCGAAAGAGGCCUUUUCUUUUUUCAUAAAACGGAUAAAUACAAUCGUCCUUGUGCCAUUCUCAAUUUACGUCAAUAUGUUCGUGAGGAUGGUUCUCCUACUAUGGAAGAAGUAAAAAAAUAUAUUAUUUUCAAUGCUGAGGUGGCUAGAAGGUUGUUGUUGGAUAAGUCCAGAGAAUCAAGGGAUGGUCCAAUCCUGCAAUAUGUUAUCUUAUUAGAUUUAAAAGGUGCUGGCGUUUCUGCUCUGAGUCUUGACUUACUCCGCGUUACAACUGACGUUUUUCGUCACCAUUUUCCUGGUUCUACCGGUGCCAUAUUCGUGUUGAAUUAUGGUUGGAUGUAUUCUGGAAUAUGGAAACUUUUCAAACCUAUUCUUCCUGAGGAUGCUUUGAAUCGCAUUUUUUUCCUUUCGGAAAAUAAAGAACUCUUGAACUUUUUCGAUGAGGAAAAUGUUUUGAUUGAGCAUGGUGGGUCUGAUACUUAUGAAUAUGAUUUGGAAACGUAUAAACCAUAUCAAUAUUAUGGAAAUCCUCCUCCUGCUUUACCUAUCUUAAGUAGAAUUACAUCAUAUGAUUCUUUAUGCUCUUUAAAUGAUGUAUUCUUCUCUGCUCCAACCACUCCAUAUCACAGUCGACCUCCGACCCCUAAACCUUCUUCCCCCGGUCUAGAUCACGUGCCCAAUUGGCUCAGAAUGACUCAAGUUUAUACGUCUCCUUCCGUACAAAUUGAUACAAAACCUUCUAUCCUUUCUCCAAGUCCUUUAAGGCCAACUCUUCGACACUCCUCUUCUUUUAAUUCUCCACAUCUUAGGUUCUCCCCAAUUAGUCAAGAUGUGUCCGCAUUAUCGUCGCAUAACCAUCUUAAUCAUCCUUCUCUUCACCCGCUUACUCCUACUAUUUUAAUCAAUUCCGUACAAUAUCCUAAUACUACUCGCCUACGAAAUGAUUCAGUUUCUACCAAUAAUAUUUCUUAUACACAAAAGACUCAAAAAUCUCGUUCAAGAUUUUAUAGUUUAUUGUCUUUAUCAACUGAACUAAAGUCUUACUUGCAUAAGCUAUUAAGAAAAUUAAUCGCUCGUAAAGUAUCUGGCGUGUUAUAUUAUUUGGUUAUCAUGGUCUUACUUCGCGGUGGGUUAGUCGAUGAAUUUUGGCGAUUUUUAACUCAGCAAAUAACUAUGCAACUUGGUUGGAGUGCACAUACUACUACUGCCCUUACAACUGCUGCUUUAUCUGCCGCUUUAAGUGGUCGUGCGGACAAUAGAUUAUUAGGAUUUUAUUAA